AUGAGUUCUCCCAAUACUCCCUCUUCAAAGCACGGCAGCCAUGCUCAGUUUCGCCGCCCUUCCUUUCUCUCCAACGAUGAUAGCCACAACCCUCUCGGCACGCGCAGUGGUCAUCUCCAGUCAUUGAUCCGCAGUCGUUCUCAACAAAGCAUGCAGAGCUUGAGCAGCUCACUCCCUGCGCAUUCUGCCGCAUUCUGGAUGGGCGACGAUGAGGAAGCUGGCUUGAUCCGCCACGACAACGAUGAGCUUGGCAGAUUGCUUGCCGAUGAGCGCCGUCUAACCCAGCUGCUCCACGGUCCCCAAAACCGCAGCGCCAAACUAAUUGGCCGAAGCAAUCCUAGAUACCGCUGGGAGCAGUACUGGAGACCCGAGGAGGAGCUGGCUUCAAUGCCCAAGCACUUGCGUGAGUACUAUGAGAGAACAAACGAUUUGAUUCAGCAAUAUCUGUACAUCGAUGCUCUUCUCGACUCGGCGAUCCCUCACGAUCUUCUAAACGAGUACCAAGCAGAGCUCGAUGCAUCUGCUUUCCGACCAGUCGAUGUCCCAGAUACCAUCAACGAGGAGCCCUCGACCAGCACAUCCGAGACAACGCCUCUCAAUACUUCGACUCCUGCGUCCAUUACACCAGGAUCAUAUGGCGCUAUCAGCGUCAAGCACAGCAGCUCCACCACAAAGCUUCCUGCUACCCGCACGCCUCAGGAUAUCUUCCGAUCUUCUGAGAACCUGCCUUUGCUCCAGCGCCAGGAUCACGACGACGACGAAGAAGAUGAGCAAGUGGCACAGUCCCCACGACCUCCCAGCAAGGACGACGACAAUGGCCCUAAGCCUAUCCUGCCAUGGCUUGAGGAUGCUGAAAUCGACAGCGACGAUCCCAUUGUCACAUUGGCCAUCUGGGUCAAUUUCAUUGCCAACGCUGUUCUUCUUGCCGGAAAACUUGUUGUUAUCAUGUCUGUUCCCUCUAUGUCGGUUCUUGCUAGUUUGGUAGAUGCCGUGUUGGACUUCCUCAGUACCGUCAUUGUAUGGGUUACUACGCGUCUCAUCUCUUCUAGUCAUCACGACCAGUAUAGUUAUCCUGUUGGUCGUCGCAAGCUUGAACCUCUUGGGGUCCUUGUCUUUUCCAUCAUCAUGAUCACCUCAUUCUGCCAGGUCGGGCUCGAAUGUAUUCAGCGCCUCAUGAGCCCUGAACAUCCUAUUCUUGAGUUGGGCGUCCCCGCUAUCGCAAUCAUGGUUUCUACCAUUGUCAUCAAGGGUGCCUGCUGGAUCUGGUGUCGUCUCGUCAAGAAUUCGAGUGUCAGAGCACUGGCCGAAGAUGCCAAAACGGAUGUUAUUUUCAAUGCUGGUUCCAUCCUGUUCCCCAUUAUUGGUUUCUACGGACGAAUCUGGUGGCUCGACGCUUUCGGUGGCUUGUUCCUCUCUGCAGUCGUUAUCUUCAACUGGAGUCAGACAUCGGCGCACCACGUUCGUAACUUGUCGGGUUUCUCAGCACAGCCCGAUGAGCGCAACCUCCUGCUCUACCUGACAAUGCGCUUCGCUACAGCCAUUCGCCAAAUUCAGAACUUGCGCGCAUACCACGCUGGUGACAAGCUCUUUGUUGAGGUCGACAUUGUGCUCUCCGCUGCGACACCGCUCAAGGAUAGUCACGACCUUAGUGAGGUACUCACAUACUUCCUCGAGUCUGUGCCCAUCGUGGACAGAGCUUUCGUCCACGUCGACUACACAAGCUACAACGCUCCAACUCAUAUGCUAAAGGGAUCUGCCGCCAAGCCGAAAUAA